CUUAAGCUCGGCGUUUGGCCGGCGAGUUCCCACGAGCGUUCAACAUGCGGAUUGAGAAGUGUUAUUUCUGUUCGGGCCCUAUCUACCAAGGCCACGGCAUGAUGUUCGUUCGCAACGAUUGCAAGGUGUUCAGAUUCUGUAAAUCCAAGUGUCAUAAAAACUUCAAAAAGAAGCUCAAUCCUCGCAAGGUCAGAUGGACUAAAGCAUUCCGGAAAGCAGCUGGUAAAGAGCUCACAGUGGAUAAUUCAUUUGAAUUUGAAAAACGUAGAAAUGAACCUGCCAAAUACCAGCGAGAGCUAUGGAAUAAAACUGUUGAUGCGAUGAAGAGAGUUGAAGAGAUCAAACAGAAACGCCAAGCUAAAUUUAUAAUGAACAGGUUGAAGAAAAAUAAAGAACUACAGAAAGUUCAGGACAUUAAGGAAGUCAAGCAAAACAUCCAUCUUAUCCGGGCCCCUCUUGCAGGCAAAGGAAAACAGCUGGAAGACAAAAUGGUACAGAAAUUACAACAGGAUGUGGACAUGGAAGAUGUUUCUUAAAACUCUUACUGUCGGUAACCAUUUCUAUAAGUGCAUCUGGAAAUCUCCUUUGGAGACUUAGAAAUUCUAAAUUAUUGAUUUUUUUUCACAUAAGUGAAAAAAAUUUGAUGACCUACAAUUGCUAUUUGCAGAACAGCAGAUAUUAUGGAUUUGAAUGACCUACGUUGUUAUUUGCAGAACAGCAGAUAUUAUGGAUGCUAGAUUGCAUCUCAGCAUUAAACCUUCACUGAGAGAUAUACUUUUAUAAGUCAUGAAAAUUAUGUUUGUAAAUACAGAAGUGAAUUGUGGACAUAAAAUGGUCAUGCCAUUUGGUUAAUGGCAUUAGGCAGCAUUUAUGUAAUAAUUAAUGACAUAUUCUUGACUAGCAAUAUAUAAAAAAAUUUUGUUUGCAGUAAAAUAUUCCCUUUAUUAAUGUUCUAGAAGGGAUACAGCAAGAAACUAACAAUCUGUAUGAUAAUUAGCCUCAACUAAUUUCUUUUGAUUUUAGUAUUUCCAGUUUUGGUUUGUUACCUUUUUAGAAGGACGUAAUGGUCUAAUAUAUUGAAGCCUAAUUAUGUUGGACUGUUUUGAUCUGGUGUAACUACUAUGAUAGGCAUUUUUGGAUGUUGGGGGUGAGUUGAAUAGUCUUCCUGAAAUGGCACUGUAUAAUCUCCACUUUGGAGAAUAUGCAAUUCUAAGUUGAGAUUCCUAGUAGGAAAAGGUUUAUUUUUCCAGAACUCCAGUACCUAUUAAAAUUUUUGUGUGGUUUUCUUUUUAAAAACUCCUGUUUU